AGAAAAGACAUCCGAGCAUGAUUGUUGAUGUGGCAUGUGUAAGCGUCCCUUGGCAUCCACGGGGCGUUUUGAUGCUUACAUAUGGUAUCGAGACCGAAUAGUGCACUCGAGCACCUGAUCACUGCUCUAAGUGCGAUAGACCAGCAGGUCGCAAGGUCGAUCCGCGCUUCCCACACUCUUCGAUCUCGAUUGUAUCAGAUGUGGUGCAAAUCUCGAGGUGCUGAGACAAGUCGCGCAUCUCUCGUAAGCCGAUGACGCUGGCUAUAAACAAUGCUGUGCGCUUGUACGCGCCUAUGCCCUAUGAUUCGGCGACCGCAAUAGGACAGCGCUGGGAUCCGAGGACGGCUCCCGUCCAGAGGGGGGGGAGUGUAAGCGUCCCUUGGCAUCCGCGGAGCGUUUUGAUGCUUACACAUGAGGACUAGUAAUGUCUUGAGGACCUACCACUGCUGCUAUUUCUUGUUAACGGUUCAUUUAUUAUUGCUAAAACUACAAAAAUUAUUGAAACUACUACAAAUGAAACCUCUAAGGCAAUAGCUAUAUUUGUAUAAUGCUGGCAGAUUCUUGCCUUGACUAAGCAUUAAGUUUUUGUACUGGUGUAGCACUAAAGAAAAUAUUCUCGUGUUUAUGUAGCCCAGUGCUCGUAACUUCGAAAUGCCCAAAAAAUGUUUCUUGCUUGGCAAAAAAUCUGCGAAAAAACGCUUCAGGUUUUGGGGAGUCUUUCUGAGAAUCGCAGAAGACAUCUUGGGGCGUUUCUGUCACUUGUCCGGGCCGAAGGCAAGGGUGACUGAUGUUCUCCAGGAUAAUCUAUGGCCGUGUCCUGCUGGCACCAUGGGGGCACACCACGUGCGAUAGGCCAGCCUUCUACCAGGGGAGUCAUGCCGUGGAGUAUUUUGCUGUGCCAGAGCCGGAACGUGGGCUGGGGGCAACUGCAGCCACAUUUGGCACGCUGCAAGAGGACAAGCUUGUUGCCUGGAUGGUUCAGUACCAGCCUUACACACCCCUGACCUGACCCGAAUCGUGCAUAGGUUAGGGGCGGAGCCCCCGGAAAAAUGUUGGGGAUCAAAGAUGCGGCAGCAGCGGGUUUCUAAAACUCAAAGAUUUUAAAAAUCUGUCACUGGCGCCGCGCCUGCCUUCUUAAGAUACAAGCACUGAUGUAGCCACCACCGUUGUGACAAUGGUGCAGGCAUUGGCAAUCGUCCGCACUGCAGUGUUGUGUGUGGCUAUCCUAGUGCCAAUGAGUUGAUUGGGGUUGCGCGCAGUGGCCUACCUGCAAGGUGACCUGCAUUGCCACGCUCAGAGGUCAGACCCGCGGCUGCGCUGGGUGUGGGCACAGAGACCACAUUUGUCGCUGUCUCGUAAUUUAAACAAAGCCAGCUGGGCCAGGCAGAUGAGGCUUCCUGGACCAGCAUUUUGUAUGAACCGGCGUAGGCCGGGGCUGGUGUCUGAGUUUGUCAUGUACACGUUACUGGCGCGUGGGUUGAGGCUAGGUGCUGCCUUGGCCCAUUUCUCAGCAGAGUAUAGGGCGUGAGUAUAGGGGUUUGUUGGCAUAUCCACCACGGCAGCUGGGGGCCAUGGCCCUGGUGAGGCCCUGGUUCAGAUCCGACACGUAGUGCGUAUCUGUGCUAUCAUCGUCCCUAUCGUCCCUGGUGACCGUGAAGGUCGGCCACCAGUGCCAGGCAUGCGGGUCGUUGUCGGCCAGUUUGGACACAUCAGCAGUUUUUUCCUGGGUGGCAACGGCAGCCGCCCCUUUAUUGGCUUCCUCAUUGCCGUGUAGCCCGGUGUGCGAAAUAAUUGUAAACAGAGCAGUGCGUGGGUAUUGACCACGGUAGAGGUUGCUUGGUGAUAAAUUGGUGUGUAACGUCGGUUCAGACCCGAGUUUGAUCCUCCCCAAAUUUGGUAUGGGGAAACCUCCGUGUGUAUUCAAAUCAUGCACAGGCGCUCCGCAGGGACCGCAUGGCUCUUUAGUCGUGUCCUUGUUGUCCGUGGCUAAUAAUAAUAAUAAUAAUGGUACUCCCUGCGUGACAGGGCGUGUUCUGAGGAGGUAGAGGCGUGAGGGCAUGAGAGACCACCACGUUAGUGGUCUCCGCCACUGGGCCCCUGUCCCCCAAGGAGAGUGGGGAGGCUGGCAGCGCGCCUAGGCGCGCUGGGCCUGGUCCCAUUCUCAUAACGGGGCGUACUGUGCUAGGGUGGGCGUCCUGGCCAUGGGUGACUGCAGAGUUCCCGGCGGAGAGCUGUAAUGGCGGUAGUCGUGUGAACAGCGUGCUGGACAAGCUUUUGGCAGGUGCGGUGCGCAGAUUGUGUUGAGCAUCCGAGCGUUUUAAGCAGGGCAUGGAGGUGGGUGGUAACGGUGCCGGUAUGCCCGAGGCUGAUGACUGUGUCCUGGUUGUGUAUCACGUCCCAUCCGGCGGUGCGGAGUGCGGUGGCAAGGUCGUCAUGUUGUUGCAGUUUUUCUGCCCUUUUGUCCAGGUGAUUGAGGUCAGAGCAGUAGCCCACUUCUAUUACGUAGACUUUAUGCGCGCUUUUCUGGCGUCGCGUGCGAGGCAUAUUAGUAGGCUGCCCAGAUCGGGUCAUGCGUAGAGAGGGGACAACCAGCAGGUCCGGGCGAAAUCGUAGUCGCACGCUCUCUGGCGUGCCUGGCAGCACCCAUGCGGGUAUGCGUGUUCCCCCACUGUAAGCGGGGGCGUCC